AUGCGGGCAGGAGUUGGCGAGCGGUUCGUGGUGGGCGGCCCGCUGCCCAUCCCCCUGUACCGCUGGGGUCCCGCGUGGGGACCCUGGGGCAGCCAUGGCCAUCAUGCUGCUGCUGGUGGUGGUGGUGUUGGCAGGGGAAGGAGCAGCAGCUUCUUGGUGAGCUCGCCCCUCACGUGCCCGCCCGUCUACGUGGGUGCCCCGCUCAACCGCUGGCUCGAGGCCGUGUACGACUUCCCGCUGGUCUACCAUCGCACCACGAGUGCCGCUGCCGCUGCCGGAGAGGCGAUGGUGGCCAGCGCCAGCUACUCAUGGAGCGGCGGCGGCGGCGCAGGAGUGCUGGUGCGAGGGACCCCGUUCGCUCUGCACUCGCUGCCCGUGCCGUCUAGUUCCGCGCAGCAUCGCGCCAUUCGCGCCGAGUUGGCUUCCCGCCUGCCGUGCCCUUCCUCCGUCUGGUUAGGCGGGUGUCCGGGUCCUCGUGGCCUCGCGCUGUGCGCUAAGGGAACGGUCGAAGGAACCGUGGCCGGUUCGGAGUGGGUGCUCGAGGCCGGCACCGCCAUCCCACCCAGCACGGGCUUCGUCUUCUCCCUGCCCUCGGGCUUUUCGCCUGUGCAGGAGGGUUCGGCUGUGCUGUCCGUCGAGCAGCUCGAGCGCUUGCACCACAGCGACCGGCCGCCGCCCGACCUGUACGCCCACCUUGUCCCCGAUGGUCUCACCUCCGCUGCGGAGUACAGCAAGGCGGUGGAUGAGCUGCGGUCAUCAUUUCGGCGGGCGGACACCGGUGGCGCACGGGCGCUCAUGCUGCAGCACGACCUCGCCGACUCGGUGGAGGCCGUGGUGCGUGCGCUGCGGGCCACCGCGGGAGUCCUGCGCAGCAAAGGCGCGCGGGAGCACGCACCAGCAGGAUCGGAGUACGGUCGGGGCCAGCAGCACCAGCAGCACCAGCAGCACCAGCAGCACCAGCAGGAGGAGGGGCGGCGGUGGUGGGAGAGCAUCAGCGGUCACAUGGAGGAGGCCCACGACGCCAUCCUGCAGACCAGCCUCGGCGCCCACUGGGUGCAGGCCUCGUGGAGCCCGGCCCGACGAACCCGCAACCAAUUCCUACCGCUGGGCCGCCCGAGCCUGCUCGCACUCCAGUUCACGUCGCAGUUGCUCGACCAGCAACUGGCCGAGGCCCUGGACGACGGCGACUACGACCUCGCCGCGGUGCUCGUGCGGGAGAUCAGCUUCCUCAAGCAGUCCCUCCUUCACUCGCGCGCGUUCGUCGGCCUCGCCGCCUUCUAA